CACUCACUUUUCCUACGUACUGUGUGAUCUUGGUCUUGGGCCGGGUUUGAUCAAUCGACGCAGACUUUGAAUUGAAGGUCUCUAUCGCUCGUCGUGCUUGGUUUAACUUGAUCUCAUUUUUCUCGUGUCUUAACUCUUGAAUAAGACUUGGAGGAGAGGGAGGAUACCAUCUGUAUCUCGAUGUGAAUCUAGCUCAGCUUGGAUACAAAAGAACAAACUCCUCUGCAGAAGAAGAAGAAGAAUCUAAUCCAAAAUGUGCCACCUCGUCCUCUACGAACAUUACACGCAAUGUGGCUGCAUCCUCAACGUCGGGUUCAAAUACAAACCCGAAUGGUGCUUCGCCCCGAACGGCAUCCCGUUUCCCAACCCGGACCUCUUCGAUGCCGAACCGGGCCGGAUCCCCAGUCGGUGCUGCGACGAGGAGAGAUGGACAUAUGGACAGGUUGAUAUACCGGGGGUAUGCAUCGAUUGUAAACAGAAACUGAGCCUGCGACGCAAUGGCCUUGGGGAGAUUAUGAAGAGGUUGAAGUUGAAGUGUGGACAUACGAAAGAUUGGUUUUUUAGGGCCAGGAUACAUUGUGCUUUUCGGUUUGAUGAGAAGGUUCUUGCUGAAGAUGGGGAUGGAGAUAUCAACGUCAACGUCAAAGACGUUAAUAACACCACCAAUACCAACGACGAAGAAAAGGAAGAAACCACAACACACCUCCACAUGCCACCCUGCUGGUACACAUACAAGCCCUACUCCCGCCAGGUCUACAACCCAGCUACCGAAGCGGAUCUCGAACAAUGGCACCGGAUCAAAGCCGGGUGGAAGCUCGAUUUCAACCUCCUUCGCAGCCAGGGAAAAGUGCGCUACUUUGUGCUCCGUCAUAGACCGUGCGGGAACUGCGAGAGGAAGGCGAAUCUGGAAUUGUAUGAUUUGUUGAUGAUGGGUCCUGAUGAGGAUCGGAGUGGGUAUCGAAAAAGGAAGCCUUAUGCGUUGGAUAUUUCGGUGGAGAAGGCGAGGAAGUGUUCUGCUGGAUAACUAAGUGGGCUUCUCUGUAGAUACGGAGAAUCGAACAAAUUGGUAGGAAAUCUCUCGAUUAUUAUUACAGUACUUGCUGGAUUUGAAUCAUUCGAGAAAAAGGAAGAAAAGGGAAGGAAAGGAUUGGAAUUUUUGUAUGAUAGAGUCAGGAACUACAGUACAUCCACUAGUUACUUACAUGCAUUAC